AUGGCGCGCGCCUUAGUCGUUGCAGCACGAACCGUCGCUGUUGCCGCACGUAUGCUGGCCAAUAGGGCACCACCCAACCCAGCAGCGCGCCGAGAUCCCGGCAUCCUGAUCGCACUUGGCCCAGUGGAGGCCCAUCUCGGCCGCGCCAAGGAGGAACGGACGCAGUUCCAGUUGUCCCAGCGGGCUGUUCACGACGUCGUAGUGAGCAUUGCACGCCUAGCGAAGAAGGGAGAGCGCCAUAGCGCGGACGAGGACAGAAUGCUACUUACGGUUGGCCCUCAGGUCGUUGAUACACUGACGCAGGGCAUCAGCGUUGCCGAAUCCGGACGGUCAGGCCAGGUUUUGACGGCCAUGGUGCGGAAGUCACCUGCGGCAACGCUAGCAGCCUCCGCCUCGGUGAUGGAUGACCCAUCGCGAGCGACUGUGGCAGCCUGGGCGCCGGCGAGGAAGGAAAUGAUGAAGGUCUUGAUAUUCAUUGUGGAAAAGAAUGCAGCAGGUAGCUGA